CGGCGGCGACAUGGCCUCGGAGCGGGACGUGCGCGCCCGGCUGCAGCGCGCCGGCCAGGAGCACCUCCUGCGCUUCUGGGCCGAGCUGGCGCCGGGACAGCGCUCCGCGCUGCUGGCCGAGCUGGCGCCGCUGGAGCCGGAGGCGCUGCGCGAGCACUGCCGGAGGGCGGCGGCGGCCUGCGCGCGCCCCCACGGCCCGCCGCCCGGUCUGGCCGCGCGCCUGCGACCCCUGCCCCGGGAGCGCGUGGGCAGCGGGAGCCGCUGCGACCCCGAGACGCGGCGGCGCUGGGAGGAGGAAGGUUUCCGCCAGAUUGCCCUGAACAAGGUGGCCGUCCUGCUGCUGGCCGGCGGGCAAGGCACUCGCCUGGGCGUGACCUACCCCAAGGGCAUGUAUCGUGUGGGGCUGCCCAGCCAGAAGACCCUGUACCAGCUGCAGGCGGAACGGAUUCGGCGGGUGGAGCAACUGGCCAGCGAGCGCCACGGGACCAGCUGCACCGUGCCCUGGUACAUCAUGACCAGCGAGUUCACCCUGGGGCCCACAGCCGCCUUCUUCAAGGAGCACAACUUCUUCCACCUGGACCCCGCCAACGUGGUCAUGUUUGAGCAGCGCAUGCUGCCUGCGGUGACCUUCGAUGGCAGGGCCAUCCUGGAGAGGAAAGACAAAGUUGCCAUGGCCCCAGAUGGCAACGGGGGCCUGUACUGCGCACUGGCGGACCACCAGAUCCUGGAGGACAUGGAGCACCGUGGAGUGGAAUUUGUGCACGUGUAUUGCGUGGAUAAUAUCUUGGUGCGGCUGGCUGACCCCGUCUUCAUAGGCUUCUGUGUGCUGCAGGGUGCUGACUGUGGCGCCAAGGUGGUAGAAAAGGCAUACCCGGAGGAGCCCGUGGGCGUGGUGUGCCAGGUGGACGGCGUGCCCCAGGUGGUGGAGUACAGCGAGAUAAGCCCUGAGACGGCAGGGCUGCGCGCCCCCGACGGGGGCCUUCUCUACUGCACUGCCAACAUCUGCAACCACUUCUUCACCAGAGGCUUCCUCCAGAGGGUCACCAGGGAGUUUGAGCCCUUGCUGGAGCUACAUGUGGCUGUGAAGAAGGUCCCGUACGUGGAUGAGGAGGGAAACCUGGUAAAGCCGCUAAAGCCGAAUGGGAUUAAGAUGGAGAAGUUCGUGUUUGACGCGCUCCGGUUUGCUGAGAACUUUGUUGCUUUUGAAGUGCUACGGGAGGAGGAGUUUUCCCCGCUGAAGAACGCCGAUUCGGCUGACAGGGACAACCCCUCCACCGCGCGGCGGGCGCUGCUGGCUCAGCACUACCAGUGGGCUCUGCAGGCUGGGGCCCGCUUCCUGGGUGCACGUGGGACCCAGCUGCCCGAGCUGCCCUGCUUGCCCCAAAAUGGAGAUCCUCCGGCCAUCUGUGAGAUAUCACCCUUGGUAUCUUACUCUGGAGAGGGCUUGGAAGUGCACCUGCAAGGCCAGGUGUUCCCAUCCCCGCUUAUCCUGGAUGAGGACCAGGCCAGGGUGCUGCGGCCACAGGAGUCCUGACUCGCUCCCAGACCUGCCACCCUAGGGUCCUCUGCUUAGGAAAGCAGGGUGCUGUGCAUUCCCAGCCUGUGGAACGGAGGGAAAUGCUCAGGUUUACUCCACGAGGGCAGGACCUCUCCUGUCACCCAUGGACACAAGAGACCGUUGGCCUGCUGCAGGAUCCAGCUGGGAAGCAGAGGGACUUGGGAACUCGGAGAAUGAGGCUGAGAGGAGGCUUUAGGGUGGGGCCUGAGGGACUUGGGGCAUCGUCUGGGGAGAGCAGCAGAGGGGACUUCCCUGUGGAAGCCAGCGCUGGCCAACAGAUGUCCACUGUAUUCUCAGCCGAGGAUGAGCAGGCGCCACUGCCACAGCCAGGACGCCGUUCUGCAGACCACAGAGGAAACAGAAUGAGGUGAACAGGUCUCAUUCCUUCACAGGGGUCAUGUUCAAAGGUCCUGGUUGGCAGCCGAACCAGUAACUGGGGGGUCACAGCUAAUCCCUCCACCCAUCCUGCAUGCCCAGCUAAGGCCAACAGUAGGGACCCACAGUCCACGAUAAAGGCUGGCUCCGUGAGCAGCUGGGCGCACGCCUGAGACGCCUGCCGCCUUCUGUCUCUCCCCAAGGCCUCGGCCUCUCAGCCACAUCUGUGGUGGGUUUCUAUUGCUGAGUUGUAUGCGCUUCCCCCAAGAACCAGGGGACCUGUACCAGUGGCUCCUGUGGUGGCUGAUGAUUGAUCUGGGAGGCAGCUGGUUCAGGAGCUCCAGCCCCACCCUGGCCCACCUGGAGCUUGUCACAGAUCUUGGUGCUCAGGCUCCUCCCAUGCUCUUGGGAUGGGGCCUUCAUAUCUGGUGCCCUGGUCCCUCCUGCACUCCCGUGAAGCUGGGGUGGACCAGCCAGUCCCCGGUCGCUUCCCCUGCGUUGCUGCUCUACAGCACAGAGCUUCUGUUGAUUGGCACCUGCGUUCCCACCUGCUGAAGUGAAGAGCAGCAUUGAAGUGCAGUCUGCUGCCAAAUCGUUGUGUCCCCUCUGCCACAGCCCCCAGCCCUGGACUGGAGGGGCUCCACUCAUCCCCAUAUGCUUCCUCAGGGGAGGGGUGUUAUCUGCAAGGCUGGGUUCGGAUGCACCCGAUUGUACAGUGGCACACAGUGACUUGGCAGAACGGCGUUCAGGCCCACACUUGCCUCCAUUGGGAAUGAAGCCAGAGGACGACUUCUGCUUCCACCCAGGCUCUGCCAGUCUGCUCGCUGCAAACCUCAUGCCUUAGGGCCCUUCUCUGAGCUGCUCCACAGGCAAGCAGAGGACCCAGCCGGGGUCCUGCCCACAGCCACUCCUCAGGCCAUAAGUGGAACAGUUAGUGACCUGUUUGCCACACAGUGCCAUUAGUUGGGUAAAUUCUUGAAACAGCUCACUUUUUAAAAAAGUUAUUAAUUAUAUUUCACAGAGAGUCGCAGAGAAAGCCUUGAGUUCCUGUAAACAUUUCACCCAGAUUCCCCCUGUGGUUGCAUCUCACAUGAUGACAGGCCGAUAUCAAACUCCAGAAUGUGACACUGGUCCUAUGUGAAGUCACCACAUGUAGUGAUUAGUGCACCCCCCUCGGCAAUCGAGAUGCACCCCUGUGCCAACACCACAAAGAUCACACGACCCACCAGCCCUAACCCAGGGGUCCACCAGUGGGACAACUGAGUUUUAAAAGACUGUUGA